GACAUUUCGUUUUAUUAUUCCACCGAAAGUGGAAAAUUGUUUUCCUAAAUUUUUUUGCCUGACUAUUUAAGCCAAAAAUAAUAUUUAACAUUAUAAAGCAAUAGCUAAAGUAGUUUAAUAUUAUUAAGUAGAAACAAUAUGCAGUAAAUAAAAACGAAUCAUUAACAUAUAAGCGUUUAAAGAUGGAAACACUUACAAUGACUGAAACAGGUAGCACUACAACAAUGCAUAUGCACGUCCAUCAGGAUGGACCAAUUCCAACACUAGAGGAGCAAGCAAAUCAAUUGCAUCUACAGCAGCAGCAGCAAUUAGUAACCCUCGGUAACAUGGGGAAUAUCAAUCAUGGUUUACACGAAGAUAUUGUUUCAAUACCCAAAGAGGUUAUGCUCAUAUCGCUGGUAUCGCAAGAGCAGGCGCUUUAUAAUCCCAAACAUGAAUACUAUCGUAAUACACAUCGUAAAGAUGCCAAAUGGUUGGAAAUUUCAGAUACUGUUGGUUGGACUGAGGCGCAAUGCAAAUCGAAGUGGAAAGCUAUGCGUGACCAAUAUUGUCGUGAGCUAAAACGCAGCAAAUUCAACACCAAAGCCAAUGUCAAAUGGAAAUAUUUUAAGGAGUUGGAAUUUUUACGUCCAUUUGCUUUGUCGAGGAACUAUCGACCGCGUGCCACAAAUAAAAACGAAAAUUCUACUGCAUCGAAUGGAAAAAAUACUUGCCACAAGCUACCAAGUAUUAAAAUGGAAAAUGGACAAUUUACUACAUGCGAUUUUAGCGCGGACAGUAAUGUGCUGGAUGCAGACGAUAAACUUGACACCACAACUACACGUCUGCUAACCUCAUUAAGCGAUGAGCAGCUAAACUCAGUGAUGCAGCAACAUAGUAGCAGCUGGAAUUAUCUCACCACAACAACGACAACGACCACAAGCGGAGUGCACACCCUACAGGGCAAUGAGCACAGCCCUAAUGAACUGGACGAUACCAAUUUAUUACAACAUUCACAACAGCACUCGGAGGCUGAUGAUAUGCUGUGUGCUUUGGUAGAAAGUGUACCAAGUGCUGCGCAAUUGCAACAGACGCAAUCACACAAUGAAGAAGAAGACGACGAUCCCAUACACACUUUCCUCAAUAUGGAAAGUUUCUUUGAAAAAGACCUCAUUAGCAUGAUACAACAGGAAGAUAUCAUAUAUAAUAAUUUUCAUCCGAAUUAUCGUAAUGCCAAAUUGAAACUGGAAGUUUGGGAUGAAAUUGCACGCAAACUAAAGAAGCCAGUUGGACGCUGUCGUUUGAAAUGGAAGGCGCUGCGUGAUCAAUAUAUCAGAGAACAUAAACGACUGAAAGAUCGCGAAAAUUCCGAGUCGUUGCCGCGUUGGAAGCACUAUGAUGCGCUUACUUUUCUGCAAAAGUUUAUAAAGCAUAAAACGAGCGAAAGUGAUUCCAAAAAUGUAGUACAACUGCCUAAAACUGAAUUAGACACUGAUAUCGAUGAGCAAAUGAUCGAUAGCCCGCCAUUGGCUUCACCCAUAGAGGUAGUACAACACGAUUUGGAACAGCAGGCAUUGCCCACACUAACGGGUCCACACUCACAACACGAGUUGCAUUCAACAACACAUGACAUUUGCGUUGUUAGUGGUAGCAGCGUAAGCGGUUACGAUGAGAUGGAUAUCGAUCACUACAUUAUUGGGCAUGCAAGCGAUGCAGGCGCCAAUGACGACGGUAUAGGCAUGGAUGCUCACGAUGACGAGGAAGACCGGAAACCGCAUCAGCAUUUCGCUGAGUUCGCGACAAGUUCCGCAAGUAACAUGACUGCCAAUAACAAUUCAAAUCAGCAGGAUAACGGUAAUGAUGUUAAACCGGAGGAGCACGAAUUCAAAGAUAUCAAAGAGAGUAAUAUGAUGACACAGCAAGCUGUUGUAUCAUUGCAAAAUCAACUACAACUGCAACAACAACAACAGCAGCAGCAGCAAGAGUUAUCACCACAGUCGCAUCAUCAGCCACAUCCUCAAAUGCUGCUAACUCCACAACAUCAACAGCCACCAUUAUUGAAGCUAACAUCACAGACCACAACGCAUCUCCAUCAGCCACCACCAAAUUUGCUCAGUUUAGAUGUUGGUGGCGAGCCAAACACUGCCACACUCAACACAAGCGACAAAACUAUCUUGCAACUGCAAAACCAACAGCAGCCACAGUCACAGCCACAGCAACAACAACAACAGCAUGAUUUUAGCAAUGAUAUGAAACAGCAACAACAACAGUGCCAACAAACGCUUACAAGUGGUUUAGUGCAUAGUGUUAGUCCAAAUUUGCCUUCCAACAACAACAAGUGUACAAAUGUUUUGAGUGGCAUGGCAAUUUUAAACUCAAGUGGUUCCUCGCUCAGCAUGGAGGCGCUCAAUUUACAGUCUUUGACGCAUAUUUCGCAUAUAAGUUCGACGCCAACAACAACAGCAACCACCACCACCGCAAUGCAUGCCGUGCCCACGCCCGUCACUGCCGCCUCUAUGCCAACAGCCGAUCAACAUCAAAGAACGACAACCGACAAUGUUGGAGACGAUGAGGUUGGCGCUUUCUUCAAAGCGGUCGCAAUGAAAAUACGCAAUGCGAAUAUGUCGCCGGUGGCUUUCACUGAUCUGCAAAUCGAUAUUCUGCGUGUUAUAAACGGCACAUUGCGCCACAAUUAGUGCAAAGAUUUUACAGUUCAUCACGUUUUGUUUUCAAUUAAGUAUAUUAAGCGCUUGGUCCUUUAUUCUAAAUUCUUAACAAUUACUCUAGGCACUUUUAUUAGAAAUUUUACCCAUAUUUUAAAUAUUUUACUAAGUUUAAUCUCUCGCGGUCUUAAGAACAAGAUCUCUCUGUUGUUGUUGUGUAAUUAGUUUAUGUUUAGCGCUUCAGCAUGCCUUGAAGUCUAAUUAAAUCGUAACUAGGCAAGAAAAUCAUUAUUUAAAAUUCUUAAUUGCAAGCGCGCAUAUUCGAGCUGUGUCGAGAUUUAUUAAAAAAUCAGUUUUCUUAACUUAAAUCUAUUUUAAAUUAACUAAACUUCUUUCAUAAUUUUUAUUGCUCACCAAUUGAGUUUAUGAAAAUGGCUUCAAUUGUGCCAAAGUAGUUUAUUUGUUCUAAUUAAAAUUAAUUUAACCUUAAACGUGAGCGAAACAUGCAAAAAUGUCAAAAAAAAUGGCUAUUUUAAAUUGUUUAUAUAUAUAUGUAUGUAAACAUAGUGUCAAUAUUGUUUCUAUAUUAAAUGUACAGUUUUUGAAAUGCAAAAAAAAACAUAAAAUUUGAUUUGUAUUGUGCACAUUAGUAUAAGACUAAUUUUGAACGAGACCUUUAUACAAAUUUGCGCAUCUAGAAAAUAUAUAUGCUUUUAUGCAUAUAAACACAUAAAUAUACAUAUAUAAAUUAUUUGUAAAUAAACAUUUUAGCUAAACCAA